UGUGUGUGUGGUUAAUCAGUAACUGGUACAUGUUGCUCGGUGUGUUUCUGACCCCUCGACUCUCCACGGUUCUAACAGUCUGAGCUCGGUGGAUCUGCUGGUGUAGGUGAAGUGGAUCUAAGUGAUCAGUUCGUAUCAGUUGGUGGAUCAGGUGGAUCUGGUGAUGAUGGGUUCCUGGUGGAUCUUCUCGGCUGAGACGUGGACACUGCUGGUUCUGUUCUUCAGUCUCGUGCUGCUGUACGGGUACUGGCCUCAUGGCUUCUUUAAGCGUUUGGGGGUCGCUGGUCCUAAGCCGUUACCAUUUAUCGGGACCAUGUUAGAGUACAGGAAGGGGAUACAGGUGUUUGAUCUGGAGUGUUUUAAACAGUACGGGAGGAUCUGGGGGAUAUUUGACGCCAGGCAGCCGGUGCUGUGCAUCAUGGAUAAAGAAAUCAUCAAGACGGUCCUGGUGAAGGAGUGCUACAGCCUCUUCACUAACCGGCGGAACUUUAGGCUGAGCGGUGAGAUGUACGACGCCGUCUCCCUCGCCGAGGACGAGGACUGGAGGAGGAUCAGGAGCGUCCUGUCCCCGUCAUUCACCAGCGGCCGCCUGAAGGAGAUGUUCGGAAUCAUGAAGACUCACUCACACUCGCUGGUUACAAACCUGAAGAAAACGUCCGAGCGAGGAGAAGCGGCCGACAUCAAAGAGUUUUUCGGAGCGUACAGUAUGGACGUGGUGACCAGCACUGCGUUUAGUGUGGACAUCGACUCCCUGAACAACCCCAACGACCCGUUCGUCACCAACAUCAAGAAGAUGCUGAAGUUCGACUUCCUGAAUCCGUUAUUCCUCCUCAUAGCUCUGUUUCCCUUCACCAUCCCUCUGUUAGAGAAGAUGAAUCUCUCUUUCUUCCCCACCGCAGUCACGGAUUUCUUUUACGCCUCUCUGCACAAGAUCAAAUCUCAGCGCGUCUCAAAAGAUCAUAAAAAACGUGUGGACUUCAUGCAGCUGAUGAUGGACUCUCAGAAACCAGUGAAGGAUGUGAACGGGAAGGACGUGAACAAAGGUCUGAACGAUCACGAGAUCCUCUCCCAGUCCAUGAUCUUCAUCUUUGCCGGUUAUGAGACGAGCAGCAGCAGUUUGGCCUUCUACUUCUACAACAUGGCCACCAAUCCUGAUGCCAUGAAGAAACUUCAGGAGGAGAUCGACCACACCUUCCCCAACCAGGCUCAGGUGGAGUACGACCCUCUGAUGAACAUGGACUAUCUGGACGCCACGGUGAACGAGUCGCUCCGGCUGUUCCCCGUCGCUGUCCGACUGGAGAGGGUCUGCAAGAAGACGGUGGAGAUCAACGGCAUCAAGAUCCCCAAGGACACGGUGGUCAUGGUGCCCAUUUACGCCCUCCACAGGGAUCCCGAAUACUGGCCCGAGCCGGAAGCGUUCGACCCCGAGAGGUUCACUAAGGGUAACAAGGAGAACAUCGACCCCUACGUCUACAUGCCGUUCGGUGCAGGACCCAGGAACUGCAUCGGGAUGAGGUUCGCCCUUUUGGCCAUGAAGCUGGCCAUCGUGGAGAUCCUGCAGAAGUUCGACGUGGUCCUAUCUGAGGAGGCCAAGGUUCCUCUGGAGCUGAACAACAGUGGCCUCCUGGCUCCCGUCCACCCCAUCAAAAUCAAUUUCAGACCCCGGAAAAGAGUCGAACCCAACCCCUCCUGAGACACCGGCGCUCGAGAGUCGAACCCAACCCCUCCUGAGACACCGGCGCUCGAGAGUCGAACCCAACCCCUCCUGAGACACCGGCGCUCGAGAGUCGAACCCAACCCCUCCUGAGACACCGGCGCUUGAUCUGCAUCCUUUAUCUUACUGUCAAACAGUGUGAUGAUAUAAAUACAGCUGUAGAUUCCUGAGCACUGGGUAUAUAACGUUAAUAUAUAACGUUAAUAUAUAACGUUAAUAUAAUGUGAUCUGAAUGUAUAACUGUGUGGUGUUUUAUUGAACAGAAUUUAAUUAUAAACACUACAUCAUA